GUCCAAUGCAUCAAGUUGCAUUGCACUUGUGACGGGGCCACAGGCAUGGGGAUUCAACACCAUGUUGCAGCAGGCAGCUUUUCACAACAUGCCCAUUGCAUUCGCAUCCGCGAAGUCUGCGGAGUUGUACGAGCAAAUCAAUCGGGAUUUGAAGUCUUUGACAUUUUGGUGGACUCCAGACACGACAUUUUCAGAUCCCCAGCCUUCUCUUGUAAUCAUGCCUCCGCAUGAUGCAGCCGAGUGGAGGCAGGGGAUCUACAAGACUGGAUUGAGAGCCCAGCCACUUCAAAAGUGGGCAUCAUUUGCAUUUUCACGGGUCGCAUCACGUGCCAACAGUUUGGUGCAAAAUGUUGACAUAGUGGAAAGCGACAUGCAAGAGUUGAUUUCAAUGUACCUCUCUGGGUCGCAUUCGCGUUACGAGGCUGCUUGUGAAUGGAUCAGGUUACAUUCGAAUCGCUGGGAGGCCUGGGUGCCUGCGAAAACUGAAUGCAACGUGGGCGAAGGCUUGGUCGCUUCAAAUGGCGACUUUGUGUCAUCGAAAGUCAGCGCUGACGAGUGCGGGACCUGCCCGCCUGGCUCAACUGAGUGUGUCUUGUGCCGACUCGGUGAGUUCGCCAAUGCCAGUGGUAUGAGCUCUUGCUUUGCUUGUGGUAAUGAGACCGGCCAGCAAGGCUUGUGGACCACCAGCCAAGAAGCUGUUACAAAUGCUGGAAGUCAGAUCAUUCAGGUGCAAGGGGCCACCUCCAGUGCAUUUUGCGCCUGCGCAGCGCAAUCUUUCCUGUUGCAAGGCCGCUGCCACCCAUGCACAGACGGUGCCACUUGCAUAGGUGACAAUCGUCUUCGGCUUUGGCCUGGGUACUUCUCUUCUGUGGAGGCCCCACAUGAGAUCUACAAAUGCGAGCAGCCCAAUGCAUGCCCUGGUGGGCUUCCGGGAACCUGCAGCCAAGGACGGGGUGUUGGGAGCGUGGCCUGUGAGGCUUGCCUCCAUGGACUGCGGUCAGACGCAGACGGAUCUUGCAAGCCUUGCAAUGACCACGACUACCUCCUCUUGUUGCUGCUUGCCACUCUUGUUGUUCUUGGUGUAGCUGUUCUGUACUGCAGCUUGCUCAAGAAGGGGCAGGCAAACAGGAAUCGCCAUUUUCUAGUGGCUGUGCAAGGCCUAUCACAGCUUCUGACGAUUGUCCAAAUGCUGGCAGUGAUCAGACGUUUUAAGAUUGCCUGGGGCGAGCCCUUCGCAACCGUCCUGGUCUAUGUGGAAGUUCUGAGCUUUGAUCUGGAGAUGCUGUCCCUUUCCUGCCUGGCAGCAAUGGGUCCUCUUCAGCUCUUUGCCUUUCGGGUGCUCAUGAUCCCGGGAAUCAUGACAUCUGCCUUGUUGAUUCACAUGACUUACCAUGCGUAUUUGAGAGCAAGAGGCUUUGCCUGCCUUAUGCCUGCGCUAUUUAUCACGGUGUGCAGCUGGCUGAUCGUGGCAGAGCUUCCCAAGCGCUUGGCGCGGUCAGAUACUGCAUUUUUUGAAGCUAUAUCCUUUCUGAUUGUGCGCUUCCGUCCUGGUGCCGAAAGCUUCUGCAUUCUUCUUCUGAUCAGGAAUGUGCUGGUGGCGUUGAGCCCCAUCCUAGCCACCCAAGCCUCCAAAAUCUUCAUGAUGACCUGGUCUCUGUAUGUUAACCUUGUGUUGGUGGCCGCCUUUCAGCCAUGGAGAUUUAUGGUAUGCAACAUCCUGGAUAUUGCUCUGAUUCUUGGCCUGCUGGUGAUUCUUGACCUGGGCUCCGUUUCAAUUGACGACGGGGGUCCCAGAAGGAGCGCGGCCGUCGAGACGGUUUUCCUUUCCCUGAUGCUCUUCGUUCAAAGGAUUUUUCCCAACAGUGGGCAGAAAGGAAAGCGAUUCAAAUUCUUCCUUUGCCAUCACAAAUGUGCUGCGGGCUCCAUCGCACGUCUAUUCAAGAUGGAACUGGAAAAGCAGCUGCCUGGCACCGAGACCUUCAUUGACUGUGAUGAUUUCAAUGAUUUAGCCCGGCUCUUCAGCUACGUGGCACAGGAUACAGAAACCUUCGUUAUUCUGGGCACGGCCGGAAUUUUCUCCCAAAAGUGGCGGAUCGGCGAGAUGGUCGCUGCUCGCGUGGGGGCUGUGCCCACGGUCUUACUGGCAUGGGAUAAGGUCUCAAUUCCCAUUGAAACGGGUUACUUCCAUCAGCUUAGCCACGCGAACGUGCUGAAUGAGCUGGCAAAGUUUGGCAUCAGCAUGGCUGAUACUGGGUUGCUGUUAAGGAAAGUAGACAAAGCUACCAUAACAAGGGUUCAAAAAAACAACCCUAAACCCUUAAGCCUAAACCCCAAACCCUAA